AUGGUGUUUAAGUUGCGGUGUUUGUGUGAGUGUGCCUGUGAUAGUGGCGUGGGUGUGGGCGUGGGCGUGUGGCUUGUGGCGCGCACGGCUCCAAGGUGGUCGGAGGGGGGUUGUUCCGUUGCUGCGUGCCCUGGUGCGGGGCGCGCGCGGCAGCGACCGACGAUGCCGACUAUGCCCUUAGAGAAGGCAGCCCCGAACUUUCCACCCGUGAAUAUGGACGCUUUUCCGGACAGCAUGUUUCGUUUGUCAUUCAUCCCGGAAACUGUUAUAAACUCUCCACGUCCAAUUGGUCAACAAUCACCCCUUCCUGGAAUCGAAGAAGAAGAUGAUUCCGAUUGGCCUUUAGAGGACGCAACAGACGCGACCCUCACGCCAUCCUUUAAAAGUACAAGAAGUAGCACUGAUACGGCGUUCACGUCAUCUAGGAGUUCUGGAAAGAAGCGUAGUUUUGGUAGUCCCUCAUCAGUGAAGAUAUGUAUAUCAGCGGCGGCCAGAAAGUCUAAUAAAGCACGAAAGCGUGGCGCUGCUAUCAGUACGUCAGCCGGUCAAUCCGGGGACGAAGGGACAACACACUCCAAGAUGCAGGCAGAACAGGGCAGCAUCGGUGAACUGCAAAAGUAUCAUGGUAGAUACCUCAAAAGCCGGCGACACACACUCGCCAAUGUCCGGUGA